UGAUAAACUGCAAAUACAAAAAACCCAAGAGGUGUAUACAAAAUUUUCUGCGUUAUAAAUUAGUUAUAAAUAAUAUUAUUCAAAAAUUACAUUAACUUCAUAUCUAGUUUAUAAAAAAUACAAACAUGAAUUACACAACCCUGUUUUGAUUACAGUUUUCGGAACGCAGUUCGCCUGUAACGGAACUUAACCUCACUUUAUGACAGUUGUCUGCCAAUGUCAAAAUAAGAUGGCAGGGAUGGCAGUUCGAUUCACAAAUUUAACGAAAAAUUGUUACGGGGCCAUAGCUCCAGUUCUUGGAAAUGGCCAAGUGGCAUUCUAUUCAGCGCCACCGCCAGGAACACCACCACCCCAGACAAAAACCAAAUUUGGACCAUUGGCUGAUGAAGACCGUAUAUUUACCAACUUGUAUGGUAAACAUGAAUGGAGGCUUAAAGGCGCCUUGCAACGCGGCGAUUGGUAUAAAACCAAGGAAAUCCUACUUAAAGGAUCAGACUGGAUAAUUAAUGAAAUUAAGGUAUCUGGUCUUCGAGGUCGUGGCGGAGCCGGUUUUCCCUCUGGCAUGAAAUGGUCAUUCAUGAAUAAACCCGACGACGGCCGCCCAAAAUAUUUAGUAGUAAAUGCUGAUGAGGGUGAACCUGGAACUUGUAAAGACAGAGAGAUUAUGAGACAUGAUCCUCAUAAAUUGGUUGAAGGUUGUUUAAUUGCUGGCAGAGCUAUGGGGGCUAAAGCUGCUUAUAUUUAUAUUAGAGGAGAGUUUUAUAAUGAGGCUUCAAACAUGCAAGUAGCCAUCGCAGAGGCUUACCAAGCUGGUCUGUUGGGCAAGAAUGCGUGCGGCUCCGGUUACGAUUUCGACGUGUACAUGCAUCGAGGCGCCGGCGCUUACAUCUGCGGUGAGGAGACCGCCCUUAUCGAGUCCAUUGAAGGUAAACAGGGUAAGCCACGUCUAAAGCCUCCAUUCCCUGCUGAUGUCGGUGUUUUUGGCUGUCCCACAACUGUAACCAAUGUCGAAACGGUCGCUGUUUCUCCUACGAUUUGUAGGCGUGGAGGUACGUGGUUCGCCUCAUUCGGUAGAACCCGUAACUCUGGAACGAAAUUGUUUAACAUUUCUGGGCACGUAAAUAGACCUUGCACAGUUGAAGAGGAAAUGAGUAUUCCUUUGAAGGAACUCAUCGAACUCCACGCUGGUGGUGUAACUGGGGGCUGGGAUAAUCUUUUGGCCAUCAUUCCAGGAGGUUCUUCAACACCUCUUAUCCCAAAAAAAGUUUGCGAGGAUGUGUUGAUGGACUUUGACGGUUUAGUAGCAGCUCAAACCAGUUUGGGAACUGCUGCCAUUAUCGUCAUGAAUAAACAAACCGAUAUUGUUAAAGCAAUUGCCAGGUUAAUCAUGUUCUACAAACAUGAAUCUUGUGGACAAUGUACUCCUUGCAGAGAAGGAAUCAACUGGAUGAACAAGAUAAUGUACAGAUUCGUUGAUGGCAAUGCAAAACCAGAAGAAAUCGACAUGUUAUGGGAGUUGAGCAAACAAAUUGAAGGACACACAAUCUGUGCUUUGGGUGAUGGUGCAGCAUGGCCAGUGCAAGGUUUAAUCAGACACUUUAGACCAGAAUUGGAGGAAAGAAUGAGGAUUUUCAAACAGAAUAACCCAGAAGCAAAGGAAUGUGCUAAUUAAUUAAAUUUAUAUUAAACGUAUUUAUAUUAUUAGAUUGAAUUAUAUGCUGAAGUCAGUAUUUGGAUUUAACUUCAGGUCUAUUAUUACAUAACGUUUAAUUAAGAAACAUCAGUUUAUGUAAAUAUUUGAAUUGUGUCCUUUGUUUUAUGUAAAUACCAAUAAAUAAUUUGAUAAGAA